CUUGUUCCUGGACAAAUUGGAUGAGUGAUCAUUCUCCUGAUGCAGUUGGAGACAUGGAAACCAUUUUACAACUCCGCCGUCACUAUUCCUUCUGCAACACCUCAGAUAUUCUUGCUGUGAGAUGCAGAGACAGUAAGACAAAAAGGACUCCAGAGGAGCUUGGUCAGUUGAAUGUUCUAUGUGAAAUCAACCGUGGGCUCGUGUGCAUCAACUCAAACCAGCUGCUUGGUCAGUGUGUUGAUUAUGAGGUAAGCUUCCUUUGUGAUCCUUACAGUCCUGGAUGUAAACUCGAAAACACACCUAGCGAUCUUCUGUCAACUUCAACAAGUACAGCAGAAUCAACAGCACAUGAUGGAACUUCUGCCUUUUCCACUGGUACAACAGAAACAACACAGCUCUGUAAGCAGGUUGUGAACCUGCAAGAGGACAUGCUCAGUGCCAGUUCAUUCCGUGAUGACAGUUAUGCACCUGGCCAUGCAAGAUUAGGUGAUGCCAACUGUUGGAUGCCAGCUGCUACAGACAUUUCUCCCUACAUUCAGGUCAGUUUCAUGACUUGGCAAAUGGUAUCUGGAAUAACAACACAAGGCCAUGCUGGUGCUUCACUGUUUGUGCGGACUUUCAUCAUUAAAUACAGCACUGAUGGCAUUAUGUGGCAUUCCUACAGAGAAGCUGAGGGACAGGAUAAAAUAUUCUAUGGCAACAUUGAUUCUACGACACCUGUCAGAAACUUAUUUCAUUAUCUGAUUCGUGCACGUUAUCUACGAAUUAUUCCUGUGUCAUGGAAUCAUGAGAUUGCUAUGAGAUUUCAACUUCAUGGCUCUAUUCAGGUAACACCUUUAAUGGAUAAGUUAUCUUUAAGUGACAUGAACUGCACAGACUGGGACCAGUGGCUUGAUUUAAAUCAUCCCAACUUGACUCACAGAGAUGAGGUUGAACCCAUUGCAGAUUUGAUUGCACACUCCCUUUUCUGUAAAAACCCCAUGGCUAUAGAAUGCCGCCCAGAACCCUUUGUCAGGCCACAGACCAGUGCUCCAAUGAUGUCAUGCAACUUAUGGGAAGGUUUCAAAUGUUUAGUAAGUGAUGGAAAUGGGCCAGUUUGUAACAACUACAAAGUCAGGCUUGGAUGCCUUAAGGAAACCCCGGAAUGCAUAUCCCGGCAGACUAACCCUGUCCCAGUCUGCAACCCAGAUCUGGAUACUAGUUUCUGUCCAGAGAGCUGCCAGCAAGGGUUCUACUGUAAUGGUACCAAGUGUGUGCCGAGAUCUUCAUGCCCAUGUAACAUUAACGGUAAAGUUGUCAUGCCUCAUGGUGUAGAGAGGGAUGAGAAGUGUAACAUCUGUCAGUGCCAGAGUGGUGAAACGAUGUGCGCACCCUUGCCACAGUGCCCUUCCUGUGCAAAGGGUAUCAGUUAUCGGGACACUGACAGCUGUGAAUGUCAAUGUUUGACCUGUAAAACUAAUGAGUACCAAUGUGGGGAUGGUUCAUGCAUUGACGAACACCAGAAGUGUGACUGCAUCGUUGACUGUAUUGAUGAUGAACUGGGAUGUGGUAA